AUGGACUUAAUUUGGUACUUCUACUUCUAUUACCAUCUCUUGUACCGUCGUGGCUACGGUGUUUUAGCUAGCAAUAGUCUUCAUUGGGUUAUGCCUAGUAGACCUGGGCUUAUCUCGUUUAAUACUAUUAUUAGAUUUGAUCUUGACUCUGAUGAGUUUGCGAUUCUUGAUUUCCCUGAGAGUCUUGCUCAUGAGAAUCUUGAUAUUGGUGUGUUGGAUGGUUGUCUUUGUUUGAUGUGUAAUAACCAUGAGUUUAGCUAUGUUGAUGUUUGGGUUAUGAAGGAGUAUAACGUUGAAGAGUCUUGGAGUAAGCUAUUUAGAGUACCGAAACCGAAGAAUGUGGAGUCGUUUGAUUUUAUCAGACCUCUGCUUUAUUCCAAGGAGAGGGAUAAGGUUUUGUUGGAGAUAAACAAUGCGAAGCUUGUGUGGUUUGAUUUAGCGAGUAAGAGGUGUAGAACGCUUAGGAUCAAGGACUGUGAUAGUUUGUAUAGCGCGGAACUCCUUGUGAGCAGUCUUGUUUUGGGGUGUAAAGGAGAUCCUGAUGAAGUUAUGCGCAGGAAAGAACGUAGGGCUCGAGAAGAUAAGAUUAUGCAAGAGAGAAACAAGAGGGAUGAUUUUCUAUCCAAGGGAUUCAAGCUAGUGUUAUAAGCAGAGCAGAGGAACACAGAAACC